AUGUCACAACUAAAACUAAUAGUCUGUGGUUUAGGUCUUAUAGGACCUCGCCAUGCUGAACAAAUUGCACAGAACAGAGAGACAGAAUUAAUCGCAUUCAUAGAUCCUUCACCAAAGGCACAACUUAUAGCUGAUCAAUUCAACGUGCCCUUAUAUUCAUCAUUAACUGAAUUGUUGAAUGCCGGUCUAAGACCCGAUGCUGCCUAUGUUUGUACACCAUAUGCAUUACAUGUCUCUGUUGCCUUAGAGUUGGCUAAUGAAGGUAUUCAUAUCCUUGUGGAGAAGCCUAUAAGCACAAAAGUUGAAGAUGCUAUUGCCUUGAAAGAUUGUGUUGAAUCAAAAGGGGUCAAGUUAUUAGUGGGUCAUCAUAGAAGAUUUAAUCCAUAUAUUUUGGCUACGAAGAAACAUUUAUCAAAACUGGGUGCUAUUAUCGCAGUUGAUGGUGUUUGGACGUUGAAGAAGAAUGAUACUUAUUUUAAACAAGUUUAUUGGAGAAACGUCAAGUCAUUAGGUGGUGGUCCAAUCUUGAUUAAUUUAGUUCAUGAUUUAGAUUUGUUACAAUACCUUAUGGGUCCUAUCAAAAGAGUUUAUGCAGAGAAAUUGUCACAACAUAGGGAUGUAGUAGAAUCUGAUGAUCCAGUUGAUGAAGGAGCUGUGUUGACUUUGAGUUUCAAAUCUGGUGCUAAAGGUACAUUCAUUGUUUCGGAUAAUGUUAUAUCACCAUUUAAUUUUGAGAUGGGUACUGGUGAAAAUCCUUUGAUUCCUAAAGUGGAGGAUCCAACAGAUGGUGUUUUUUAUAGAAUAUUUGGGACCAAGGGGACACUUACAGUUCCUGAUUUCCAUUAUUAUCAUCAAAAUGAUUUAAAACCAGGUUUGGAGAAAGGCUGGUGGGAACCUCUACAUAAAACAGUGUUAGAAAAAGAUAUCACUGGGGUCCCCUUUGCAUUACAAUUGGAUCAUUUUGUUAAAUAUGUGAGAGGUGAAGAAGAUGCUAAAUGUACAAUUACUGAUGGAAUUUCAGCUCUGUUGGUGAUUGAAGCUAUAAUGGAGAGUCUGGAAAGCGGUGCUCCAAGAAAUGUAAAAUCUGUUUCUUCAUUCACUUCAUCCUUGAAAAAUAAGGAUGAUGAUCCAUUUAAAAGUUUCCUAUAG